UGCAAAAACUGCAACCGGCCCGGGAGCUUUUGCAAGAGCGAGGCUGGAAACGGCGACGUGGCCGGCCCGGGAGCGCCCUCGCCGGCCGCGGCUGAGCGUUCCUCGUAGCCCCGAACGCCGACCCGUCCGCGGGGCGAGCGGCGGCCGUUAGUGUCGCCCGAACGAAGCGCGCAACGGCCGCGGCAGAGGCUCCCAUCCGGCCGGCCGCAGCUGGAGAGGGAAGGCGGCGGCUUUUCGCGCCCUUCCCCCCCAGCCGGAGCUUUUUUGUUGAGCGCUUCGAAGUGGUCUCCUUUCCUCGAGCAGCGCAGGAUUUGAACUCAGUGCCGGGCUCCGGAGCGAGCUGGGCCUGCGCGGAGCGGCUUGCGAUGAGAGCCCGAAGCGGAGAGGAUUGAGUCUCAACACGCUUCUGUUUCGAGACGAAAGCCAUGAAUUCCGACGAAGCCUUGAUCUCCUUGCUGGUGAUGGCGAGCAUCAUCCUGCUGAUAGGCGGCUGCAGACAGCUAUCCCACCGGGCGCUACGCCGGACUCCCAACUGGUUCACUUUCGCCCAGGAACUGACCGCCACUUUCCAGAUCUGCGCGUGCACCCACGAACUCUGCCUGCUGGGCGGCUUGCUGCCCCGUCCGCAGAUCGCCCUGUGGCUGACCUACGUGUUCACCGUCCUGCACGGCUGGACUUUAACGGGCAGCGUGGGCAACCCGGCCAGCGGCCUCCAACAGCUUUACAAAGGGCAGUUGCGGGUCCAGAGUUGGUGCCUGCAAACGUCGGCUCAGUUUGCGGCGGCCGUCUUGGCUCACCUGUGCAUGAAGUUAAUCUGGAUGUUGGGGUUCACCUCCGGCCAUUUGAGAGCCCUGCCCGACAUUUGCAGCAACCCCAUUCAAACCACGAUCACCAACGCUUUCGGCCUCGAGUUACUCUUCUCCUUCCUGUUGCACCUGACUCUGCUCCAGUUUGAGGGCAUGAACCCCACCAUGAAGGUCCAUCUGAUUGCUCUGCUGAUCACCUCUUUUGUCUACACAGGAGGAAACCUCACUGGGGCAAUAUUUAACCCGGCUCUGGCUUUUUCUUUGCACGGAAGCUGCUUCAUAGACCAGUUUUGGAAUUACCUGGUGGUGUAUUGCAUCGCACCGUGCAUAGGAUCUUUGCUCGUAUCUGUUAUAUGGGAUGAAGUUCUCCCUGGGCUGUACAGAGAUAUUUAAAUCUGAGAAGACAGAAGUUUAAGCAUCUCAUUUACCAAAACAAAUGAUGCAGUUUUUCUCUCCUUUUCCUGGAGACUGAUGUUGGAAGUCUUCUAACAUCUUUUAGAGGUUGAUUUUGAGCAUGGGGUUUUAAGGUCUGGUAGGUUCCCAUGCUUUAAAACGUUUAAGAUACCAGGAUCUGUUUUCAAAAAUUGGAACCCUGAAUGCCCACGCCUGUUAAAGGGAAGUUAUCUUGGUUUUUAUGCACAAUCCAUCUUUUUCAGGAGAUAACGAGUCGAUCUUUUAAGAGAAAACAAUCCAUUAAAAAAAUGUACAAAAACCGAGUGUCAUAGAAAAAAAUAUAUUUUUUCAUUAGUAACAGUUUACCUUGGGAAUAAGAUAGAAGCUAAAACAUUGAGCAAAUGGUCAUAAUUAAAGACAAUGAAGUACAUUUUGCUUGAUGUUUAGAACACUGUUUUUCAACCUCCACCAGUUUGGAUAUAUGGACUUCAAACUCCCAGAAUUCCCCAGCCAUCCCUGGCUGGGGAAUUCUGGAAGUUUGCAGUCCACAUAUCCUAAAGUUGCUAGGUUUGAGACACACCGGCCUUGAAAAUGAUUUACUAAGCUACAUCCUAAAUAAGUCUUAAAUCUGCAAUUCUGGGAUUCUUUUGUGGGUUAUCCAAAAUUAUUUAAAUUUCUUCUUCCUAAAGCAGUUAACAGAAUAUUGUUUCUACUAGCUCACAUAAGAAACAUUUCUCCAAGUAUUUGAUACUAUUUUUUUUUUUUAAAAAGUGUGAACCACCUUUGUAUAAAUGAUAGUUUUUAAAGCACAGUUUUAUGCAUGCAUCUUACGCAUAUAAAAAAACACAAAACCCAGCAGCUAUAUCAUCAACUCAGGGCUGAACAAUUACUUUUUUUUUGAGGAUCUCUUUAUUGUUAAAAGUUGCAAACGAUAUGAAAAUGAGAAUCAUAUCCAGAUGCGACAAUCAGAUUGGCUUCCCAAAUGCUUCAAGAUUUUGUGUAUCAGUCAAAUAAUUUCAGGAGCAUUCGCGCAGUGUGGAAACUCAGCAGCUUACAAAGCAAAACACAAGACUGUGCCAUAAUUGUGUUAGCAUCUCAUCUGGAGCUCAUGUAUUCCUUCCAGAAUUUCUGCUUUGUUUAUAUGAAAGUUUCUGUUUUGUUCUGUUAGUUAAUUCUGUUAGAUUUCGCCCCCCCCCUCCUCCCCAAUCUAACAACGGUGCUAACAUUUAGAAAGAAUCAAAGGGUUAGUUUCAGGAAAACAAUGAAAUUUCUAACCCAGUUAAAGUGGAAGAAUUGUAAAGAUGUUUUUGUCUUUUGGACUUUAAAAAUGCCCUCAUGUGAAUUAUAGUUGACAGGCUGUUGCCUGGAACUACCCAGUAUUUUAUUUUUUCUUAAAGUGUCUUAAAAUUUUUGGUGGAUGGAAAUUUUGGUGAGGGUUUUGUUGUUCUUUUUUUUUUUGGCAUGGUUUAUAUUCAAAGAAUAUUGAAAGGAGGACAAAGUGCCAUCAGCUGUCCUUGAAUCCCAACUGAAGGAUUUCUGUUAAUAUAAUGGUCGUCUCUUUCAAAAUAAGGGCUAAAUUCCUGCUGUAAGAGUUCGUAUGGUAUACAUUUGACUUGUUAUAAUUGCUUGAUAACUGCAGUACUAUUACAGAAGCGAGGCUUCAAAAUAUUCCUUCAGUAAAGCAGGCAGAGAAGGGGGGGCUGGGGUACUGAGUUCUAAUCUUUGCACUAACUGGAUUAGAAACAUCAUCUUUAAUUUCCCUUAUCCUCUGGAAACUUGAACAUGGCAUGUCCCUGCCUUAAAAAUGAGCUGAACCUGAACAAAAUAUCCACAACGUACGUAGGUGGUUAAUAUUGACUUAAAGAGUAAAAAAAAUGGAUAUUGUCUUAAUAAACAACAGUUUACUUUUACUCCUCUCAAAUGUUUUUUUGCCUCCCCCCCCCAGACUUUUAAACCCCCAAACAUUCACUCAUAUCCAUAAUUUCAUAAUGAUAUCAGGGAGACUUGCUGCAUUUCACAUAAUCAGAUGGCAGUAAAGAUAAUCCUUGAGUUACAAAUGCUCAUUUAGUAUCUUUACCAUAGUUACUACAGGAAUUGACAAAGGUUCCCCUAUUCACACAUCAGCAUGAACACCAGUAGGUUUUAGACAGAACAGUCACCUGAAAAAUAAGUUCCCAGCAAUAAGCAGCUCAGCUAUUAAAGGUACAAAAAUUAUCUUUAUUGAACCACUUCAUUUGUAUUAAUAACAGAAAUAACAAGAUUUAUCUGUGGCGCAGAACCAUCUGCUCGGGGCCAAAAGAGGCCCUCAGAAACGUAAUAAAAGAUCCUCAGAGAGACCGAAUCAAUUCUUCGUAGGGUUUCCACAAUUUCCUUGACUUUGCACCUCUGUCGUUGCACUGGCUAACCCCUCUACAUACUACUAGCAUAACAAUUCUUGUUGUGUGAACCUGGCUGUAGUCAAACAAGCAUGAAACAUGGGAACGAUUCAGGAAGAAUCUAGAAUUUUGUUCUAAGUGACAGUUUUAUUCCUCUAGUGUCGGGCUAUCCAACCUUGGCAACUUUAAGAUUUGUGGACUUCCAGCUCCCAGAAUUCCCCAGCCAGCAUGGCUGGCUAGGGAAUUCUGGGAGUUGAAGUCCACAAGUCUUAAAAGUUGACGAAGUUGGACAUCCCUACUUUAGUAUAUCAUGUAAAGGCCCUCGGCCUGUAAGCCAUAAUUAAUCUCCAAUCAGAGCCAAGAUAUAAUUGCCCCUGUGUGUGUGUUGCAUGUAUGUGUAUGAAAAAAAGUCAAAUCAUGUUUAUAAGCACAGCUACAAAACCAUUUACAGUCUUCACGUUUAGGUCUUAUAGGGGAACCGUGGUCAUUCUUGUAAGCUUGUCGGUCUUGGAAGACGCCCAGGAGAAUC